GCUGUUGGCGGGGUCAGGUUCCCUCGCCGCCUUUGACCGGUUGGCGCCUGCGCGGACGGCGGGCGUCCGUUGCCAUGACAGCGCUCGCCGGAGCCCCGGGGUCUUGGAGUGAAAAUAUCCUGCAGUAUUUCCUGCGAAGGAACCAGAUUGCAGCAGAAGAUGGCGCUGAGGUCACGUGGUACCACGCAGCCAACCACAAGGCGCAGAUGAGGGAGGCUCUGAGCAGUCCUGCUCUCAUGGUCGAGGCUGAUGUCCUUCUCGCAAGUGAUGGAUCGGGACACGGCCAGCCAGUCAUGGCCCAUCCUCCCGAAAUGAGCAGUGACAAUUCCCUCCAGGAGUGGCUGGCCGAGGUGACCAAAAGCAGUAAAGGCAUCAAGCUGGACUUCAAGAGCCUGGCAGCUGUGGCGCCGUCCAUGGCGCUCCUGAAAGGGGUGGAGGAGCAUCUGCGGCGGCCCGUGUGGAUCAACGCCGACGUGCUCCCCGGGCCCAACGCGGACCGCGGAGCGGUGGAGGCCAGGCCGUUCAUAGACACUGUGACGUCCUUCUUCCCGGAUGUGACCUUGUCCCUGGGCUGGACGACGGGAUGGCAUGCCGAGAAGGCCAAUGAAGGGUACAGCUGGACGAUGGUGAAGGAGAUGGAACACCUGUGCCGUGAGCUCCAGCAGCCGGUGUCGUUCCCAGUCCGCGCGGCCCUGGUCAGGCAGUCCUGUCCCGAGCUACGCUGGCUGUUGGAGAAAUCAGACAGGUACAGCCUGACUGUUUGGACUGGAAGAGAUGAUAACUAUUCCAUUGAAGAUCUACUUUAUAUUAGAGACUAUUUUGAUAAAAGCAAAGUUUUCUAUGACCUGUUGGAACCACAAAACCAUGAGUUCAAACAAGCCAUUGGAAUUGAAAGUUGAUGCCUGGGUCGAAGAUUGUCCUGAAUUGUUUCCUGUGGUUUGAUUUCAUAAUCCUGUUUGGGGCUGAAUUAAUGACCAGAUAAACUGAUACUUCAUGCAAUGAAGAACUGCUUCCUGUGCCAGGUGUAUGCCCUGCACAUGUGGAAGAGGCUUUGUUAUGCUGCCCAUGCACAACACAUCUGGAAAGAGCUCUCUGCCUUGUCUGACCGUAAUUUAGGACCAUGAUGCUUUGGGCCUCUUUGUAGAAAGCAGUUUUGCCUACUGAAGAUGAUUGUGAGAAUUCACGUGUGUCCUAGUGGGAAUACAUUAUUUUUAUUGACGUUUUCAUUACAGAGAUACUGAUAAAUAUGGCACCCUUUUUCUUGGAAAACUGGUCAUUUGAGGAUAGUAAAAAAGAGACAUAAAAAUAUUUUUAACCUUGACAACGAGCAGCUUUCUCAUGCCAGGAUUAGACCCACUUCCUGGAACCAUGAAUUACGUUAGAAUCCCUCUGCUGUUGGAGAGCACCCCGGCAGCUGAAUCCGUCUCGUGUCUGUGUCGCUGCUUAGCUCUUACUGUAGUGGGCAGAUUCCAGGAGGGCGGCACUUUCACCUGGCACGCGGCAUCGCCGUUCGGGUCUCUCUGCUGCCACUCACUCCAGUCCCUGUGGGCUGAGGCAUGGCUGCUCUGUGACGUCACUCUGCACAGCACCCGCACAGAACUUUCUGGAACGUCUCCCUUUAUGCAGAACCAGAAGAGUCUGAGGUUCAGGUUUCUUCUGUGAGCCCCUCAGGAUGUGAUCCCGCCCUCAGAGCCAGCCCCAGGGCUCCAGAACGGCCCCGCCCCUCCUCUCCUCUCCCAGCCUUGUCGCCAGAGCUCUCUAGAUCUUGCUCUCACACUUCACUGUCAUUACCUAAGCUGUUUGCUAACCGUGUCGGUCUCAGCCAGAUUGUGAGUUCCACUGUGGCCGUGCAGACUGAAGAGUCCUGCACGGCGCUCGGCAUCAUCCUGAGCAGGGCGUUCAGAACGGAGUGUCGCGGCGUUUGGUAAAAUGUAGAGACGGGUGUGGUGGCACUGCUUGGGAUACCGCAUUCCACGACAUCGUGCCUGGCUGGAGUCCCACCUCUGCUUCUGAUCCGGCUUCCUGGGGACACACCCGGGAGGAAAUAGAUGAUGGCCCGAGGACUAGGGCCCCUGCCACCCAUGUGGGAGACCUGGGAUGGAGAACCACCUCUGCUUCUGACCCGGCUUCCUGCUGACACACCCGGGAGGCAGCAGGUGAUGGCCCGAGGACUAGGGCCCUGCCACCCAUGUGGGAGACCUGGGAUGGAGAACUACCUCUGCUUCUGAUCCGGCUUCCUGGGGACACACCCGGGAGGAAAUAGAUGAUGGCCCGAGGACUAGGGCCCUGCCACCCAUGUGGGAGACCUGGGUGGAGUUCCUGGUUCCUGUCUUCACUUAACCCCAGCCCCAGAUCUUGCAGGUGUUUGAGGAGUGAACCAGCGGUUGAAAGAUCUCUCUUUCUGUUUGCUUUUCAAAUAAAUAAAUGAAUCCCUUUUUAAAAAAUUUUAAGUGUGGGGUUUGCGUUGUGGUGUAGUGGGUAAAGCCAUUGCCUGUGCUGCCAGCAUUUCAUAUGGAUGCUAGUUCAUGUCCUGGCUGCUCCACUUCCAAUCCAGCUCCCUGCUGAUGGCCUGGGAAAAGUAGCACAGGAUGGCUCAAGUGCUUGGGCCCCUGACACCCAUGUGGAAGACCCUGAGGAAGCUCCUGUUGCUGGCCUCAUCCUGGCCCAGCUCUGGCUGUUGCGGCUAUCUGGGCAGUGAACCGGUGCUGGAAGAUUGUCCCUGUCCCUCCCUCUUUCUCUGUAACUCUGCCGUUCAAAUAAAUGUAUAAAUCUUUUAAAU